GAAAGGAUAUAUUCCAAGUGAACGAAACCGGUGAAAAGUGUGAGGUGAAAGUAAUCAAUACAACAGUGAAAAUGUCGAUCAUCCCGAUUUUCUUCCGUAAUUGGUGGGACGACGAGUGGGACCGUCCGCUGUGGAGCUCCCGUCUGUUGGACCAGCACUUUGGCAGUGGUGUGACUGCGGACGAUCUUCUCAACGCUCUGGUAUCGGUAACGGACCGUCGACUUCCGUCCCAGUCCCAACAACAGCUGGCAAGUCGGUACAAUCGUCCAUGGCAUAGCUCGUGUGUGGCCAGCAAUCGAGACAGUGGAUCGACGGUAAAUGUCACCAACGACAAGUUCCAGAUCAGUCUCGAUGUGCAACAGUUCUCGCCGGAGGAGAUCUCGGUGAAGUACGUGGACAAUUCCGUCGUGGUGGAGGGCAAACACGAGGAGAAGCAGGACGAGCAUGGUUACAUCUCGCGACACUUUGUGCGGCGUUACAUGCUACCAAAGGGCCACAAUGAGGCGGAUAUCGUGUCGUCGCUCUCGUCGGACGGUAUCCUUACCAUCAGCUGUCCCAGAAAGGAGAUCGAGCAGAAAAAGCCAGAACGUAGCAUUCCGAUCACGCACACAGGACAGCCGGUGAAGCAGGUGGUACAGCGACAACUCUUGCACAAGGUACAAACUUCAAACGCAGCGACACCAGUACAAAACGUUCAGCAGAUUGUUUCGUCCACGCCGCAGAAAAUAUUGAUCAAUAACCAGAGCACACUGCAGAAGGUCAUUACCAGCAGUGGCCAUCAGUUGCUGGCCACCUCUACGCCGGUACAGAAAGUGGUGACACAAUCGAACUUGCAGCAGCUACUCCAAGGUGCACAGGUGCAGGGCGGUCAGAAGGUAAUCGUUGAACCGACGGCAGCAGCAGCAGCAGCAGCGGCAGCUGCUUCCAGCACCGCCCAAUCCACAAUACCAACGCAAAAGGUGCUACUGGCCACCACACCCGGUCAGCCGACCGUUACCAAACAGAUACUGAUACAAAAUGCGGGCAGCGUUGGUGGAACUCCACAGCAGAUCAUUAUCAAUCACGGUGGUCAGAAGAUGGUUCAACAGAUCGUUGCCUCCCCGGGACAGCAGAUCAUGAUCGGUGGGCAGCGUAUCAUACUGAACAGUGGACAGAAGCUCGUCAACAAUACACCGCUACAGAUACAAACGCAACCUGCCGUUGUGUCGGUGGCUGGCGGUCAGCUGACGACAACGGGGACGAUGCAACAAAUUCAGAAAGUACAACAAAUCGUAACGGCCGCCCAACCGACCGUUGCUACGGCGUCUAUACAACCUCAGCAGCAACAGCAAACACAGCAAAUACAAAUUCAGAUUCAGCAGCCGGCGACAGCCACUAUGCAGACGGUUGCGACAACCUCCCAGCCCCAGCAGCAAACGGUGGCUAUCAGCCAGGUGCAAAGUUUGGCCCAACAGUUGUCCAGCGGGAAGUUGCAGCUGGCUAACGUAAAUGGGCAGCAGGUAUUGUUACGACCGAUCAGCAACAAUCAGGCUCAAGUUGUGGCCCACGUCAAGGCGCAACCGAAUGGUACAUCACAAAUUAUUCCCGUCGCUAACCUCACCGAUCCCGCUCAAACACAGCAGCAACAGCUGCAGCAGCAAUUGGCGCAGCAGCAACAACAGCAGCAACAACUGAUUCAGCAGCAGCAAAUCAUACAGCCUGCCGUGCAGCAAGUACUGCAGCAAACCACAACGGAUAUGAAUAGUGCCGUCAUUCAGCAGCAGCAACAACAACAACAAAUAAGCAAUUCUGUGGAACAGUCUCUUCUGCAAGGUCAACCACCCGGCACGGUUAUUAAGUGUGUUACGGCACAGGUUGUGCAUACCGGGCAAGGGCCAAGGAUUGUGCUGCAAGGACUACAGGGCAGCGAUUUUACACCACAGCAGACGGCACUCGUACAGCAGCAAGUAAAGCAGCAACUACUUCGUGUACAAGAAUCGAACGGUCGGCAAGGUGGCAUGAUUGGACCGACGAAAAUCUAUCUCGCAAUUCAACCGCCCCAAAACACGAUAGCAAACACCGGUGCAGUGGCGGCCGCCAGCCAACCGCCACCGUUGACGCCGGUGCAAAUAAAGCAAGAAACGGCCGGGACACCGAUACAGAUACACCAUCAAGUAAGUCGCUUUUAGAGGGUUUUAAAAGGCCCGGCUUCUUCCCUCCCAUC